AUGAAACCUGGUAGUCUUGAUGAUUCAAAACAAGGUUUCAUUAAACUGUUGCAUCAAGGUCAUAUAAAUGUACAAUAUCACAACUCAAACGUAUACGACUCUAUAAUACACUUUAUUAAUCCACAAUCUCUAAUAAAGAACCCAAAUGAAAUGAUAAAUUAUGAAGGAUCAAAUUCAGGAAAAAAAGAAUGUAUAUUAGUAUUUGAAAAUGGUAGUUUUAGAUUGGAGAGAUUAUCUAGUUAUUAUUUAUUGAAAAAGAAAAGUGGUAGUAGUGCACCACCACCUAGUAUAGACUCAUAUUCAAAUGAUAUCGGAUCACCCUCGACAACAACCACUACAACACUUUCGUCAACAAAGAAGAGAAUCGAAGGCGAAGACAUACUGCCUUCCACUGUCAACCUAAAGAAAUCAAAACUGAAUGAAUAUGAUUUGAAUCCAUCUGCAUCAACAUCUACAUCGACUAUAACAAACAAGAAAUCAAGUAGUAGUAGUAGCAGUAGUAGUAGUAGCGGAAGAUCAUCUACAUCUUCAACUUCUAACAAGAGAUCAUCAUCAGCAUCUACUUCAAAGAAUAAUAAUAAUACUAAUUAUAAUAAUUACAAUAGUAAUAAUAAUUUACCAUCUAAUAGUAGUAGUAGAGGAUCAUCUUAUGGUAGACAUUCAACAUCAGCUGUGCCACCUUUGAAUGAGAGUAUGGAUGAAGAUCUGGCAGAUCUCGCUAAGGAAUUGGAAACACAAACCAACGACAACGAUGUAUCGAUGGACGACGACAACGAUAUCGUAUUCGAGGAGUAUGUAGGUGGCGAUUCGAUCAGUCUGACCGAUUCUACCAAUGAGAUGAACGAUCUAAUGUUGAAAGACAUGAAUAGUAUAUUAGAUGAAAUGCCAGUAUCACCACCACAUUCAUCUAUAUCAUCUAUACUACCUAGGAACAGUAAUAAUAAUAAUAAUAAUCAUCAUAAAUCAUCUUUUGUUAAUCCACCCACUAUUGUCCAUCCACCUAUGGUCACUAAUGUUAAUCCGCCAGGAUCAUUUGCAAAACCACAAUCAACAUCAUCAUCUUCUUCACAUCACCACCAUCAUCAUCACAAUCAUCUCUCACAGAAACAACCGCCACAGUCAAUGUCUGGCAACCAACAAUCACAACCAAAGAGUCCAAGUGCCUCUAGUGACACCAGUGACAGUGACAGUGAAAGUGAUUCCAGUAGCUACUCAUCGAGUGAGAGUGAGAGCAGCGGUAGUGAAUCAUAA